AUGGAUGUUCGAACUGUAAUCAGUGCUCAUGCACAACUUCUUCGCAGUUUCUGUACGAAUGCUCAACAAGCGAGUUCGUAUGCUGCUGUUAAUACUCUCGCUUCAUCAUUAGUCAGCGCCAAAGCAAUGCCUUCUUCUUUAGUUGCAGUUCAAGUCAACAUUCAAACAGAAACUCUGAAAUCGACAAGUCAAGCACAGUUGUCAGGUGGUAUCAAUGCUUUCCGGCUAGUAGCAUCCAGUACUCAUGAGAUGUCUGGUCUUGGAACAAAUUUUUUUCUUUAUAUACCAUCCAAUGAAUCCUCAACAGCAAGUAGCAGUAUUAAUGUAUAUCAAAGGGACAACAACUCAACUCCUUGUUAUUGCUUAACAAUUGACAAGUGUGCAAUGCCUGCUGCACUUUAUUCUACUCGACAAAUGCCGACAUUCGGCUUUUAUAAUUUGGGAAAUUUUGCGAAUCAAAGCAUUCCAAUCACAGGCAUUCAAGUCGGUUGUUUUCCUAUAGACGGUUUGCUUGCGUCUACAUUGGAAUGUUAUUAUAAUCGAAGCUGUCUUGAACUUAUUAUUUCAAAUUCAACAUCAUUUUCACCUUUGUUGUCAACAUUGUCAAGUCGAUUUCCUCGAAAUGCGACUGUUGAAAUGCUCGUCGAUGAAGUAAUGGUAGAGGAUUGGUCGAUAAAUACCUCCUUUGCUGCCUAUUAUGCUGAAUGUGCUCCAAAUACAUGUACCUAUUCAUAUAAUCAACGCAAUGAUUUUCUGAUUAUUUUCACUACUAUUCUUGCUUUGAUCGGUGGUCUCAAUACUGUUUUACGGUUACUUGUUCCAUUCAUUGUUCAACUAAUAAUACAAAUAAAACAACGCUUUCGAUCAAGUAAUGACAUUACUCAACCGUCCACGACUGCUUGGGCAGAAGAACGUUCUAGGCUAGAUAAUGCUAAAGAAAAAAUCGCCUGGUUAUGGCUUAAAGUAAAAAUGCUGAAUUUGUUCGAUUCAAAUUCAAAUGAUCCUUCAACACAAAAACAUGAACGACAAACAACUCGUCUUUAUAUUCUCUCUUUGGUAAUUGCUUUUAUCAUUCUGUUCUUCUAUGCCAUUACUAUAGAAGAAACAAAAGUUUACACUAUUCAAAAUCCUUCUCGAGAGAUCUAUGACGAAACUUAUGCUGAGUAUUCAAAAACUCUUGAAUGUACUUGCAGUAAAAUAGCUAUCCCAUAUUCAACAUUCAUCUCGAUUGAAACAAGUUAUCAUCAGAUAUGUUCAAGUUCAUUGAUCUCGCCAAACUUUUUCGCACAAUUAGCAGCGAUCAAAACAGACAUUCCUUAUUACCCAGGCGAUUUCAUGCUGAUGAGCGUUGAAUACUUUCAAUGGUUUUAUACAUUUUGUGCACUUGCUCAACAAACCCUUUAUCAACAAUUAUUAAUGUUUCAAGCCACACUUUUUGUUAACAACAAAUUACUGGCGUAUGAUACAUUUGAUGAUCAAGCUACACAAUUAGUUGAUUCUUUUAUAAUUAAUCUUCAGUAUGUCUUUAGUCGAGGUAUCGGAGAAACGCGUCAAAUGAUGGGUUUUGCACAACCUGUUUCAGCCGUGUCUGAUAUUACAUACAAAUUCCAAUUCACAACAACACCUUCUGGUAGUCAAGUUCAAAUUGAACCCAUUGACUUCUUUUCGGGAUGUUGGUGUGUGGUUGAUUAUUGGCAAAGCAGGACUUACUACCUUUCAGAAAUACCACCAAUGCUUAACAGUACGAUUCCAAGUCGAUUUAAUUCAUCUACAUUAUUUUCCAGCAUGGUCGAAGAGUUGAUGGUUGAAAAUUGGACGAAUUUAAUAUCUUAUGAUUCAUAUUUCAAUCAAUGUGCUCCUCAAUACUGCACUUAUUCGGUUACUCAGCGAGGAGAUAUCCUCUUUCUUGUAACAAUUUUACUUGGACUUUUCGGUGGUUGUUGCUAUGCCUUUCGUCGUAACUUAAGUGAAUUUCAUUCUCGACUUGUUCAAUUGAAUUUAUUCUAUAAUCGAUAUAAAUCAUCGGAAAUAACUCUUCAACGAGAACGUUAUUCAACUCGAUUAUACCUUAUAUUCUUAAUCAUUGGUAUGUUAACUCUUCUAUUUUACUAUUCAUGGACUCAAUUGACCAUAACGGUAUCGAUUAAAAAUCCAACUCAACAAGUUUAUGAAAACUUACUACAGUCUAAGGAGAUAUCUGCACUUCAAUGUCCUUGUAGUCAUGUUACAAUUCCAUAUGGAAAAUUUGUUCAAGUGAAUACAUCAAUACAUGAGGUAUGUUCAAGUCCAUUUAUUGAACAAGAAUGGAUAAAAAGUAUUUUUGGAAAUGGUGAUUGGUCUAAUUUAAGUUUAAACGAUUUUUAUGGACGUGGUGUAGUUUAUUUUCAAGGUCUUUAUUCAUUUUGCGUUAUGUAUCAAGGAAAUAUGGUAAGAUAUGCUUCAACUUUUCUUUCAUCUUCUUUGAUUAGCGCUCAAGUAAUAACUCAAAUUCAACUGAUCAGUCAAGUUAAUGAUACUAUUGAGCAAAUCCAAGCAAUCAGUCGAGUUGAUCGUAGUUCUUUGUGGAAAUGUGGACGAGAUUUAAUAAAUGACAACCAAAUACUGAGUAUUUACUCAACAAAUUGGAUUUUUUCACCUAUAAAAUAUAAUCCUAAUCUUAUUGGUUUACCUAUUCCUUUGAAACCUGUUUCACAUGGAAAUUGUUCAUGUGCUACAUCAUCAGCAUGCGUUGAACCUGUUUAUUAUAAUGGACAGAUUGUUCUUGGUUUUGUUGUCGGUUGUCAUCCAAUGCAAUCUCUUUUUCAAUCGACUCUUAUAUGUCUUUACAAUCAAUCAUGUGUUGAUCAAAUCAAUAUCAAUCAGUUACCAGUCACAUCAUUAAUUGCUUCAUCAAAUAAUCAAUAUCCAAUAAAUCGUACCAUUGAACAAUUAAUUGAUGCUGCCUUCGAUGAACAAUGGUCAGUUGAUAUUGAUUAUCCGAGAUUUUUCAAUGAAUGUCAACCAACAACUUGUGUCUAUUCUAUUAGCGCUCGAAGAGAUUCUAUACAGAUUAUCAUCACUCUUUUAGGAUUUUAUGGAGUUGUACUUGAAGAUGAUUUCGCCAUCUUUGAAGAACUUGAUACAUGUAAAUGA